AUGAAUAAGUAUUUAAACGCUAAUGAAGUCAACGAGAACUUUAUUGAAAGGAAUACCAAUCAGAGGACUCCUAUUAUUGUGAAAAACGCUUCAUUCAAAUGGGAUAAGGAAUCGAUCGUGGGUCAGGUCGGCGCCGGAAAGUCAUCCCUACUGUCGGCACUAUUGGGAGAUAUGGAGAAGAAUAGGUAUGGCAUGGAUUCAGAAUACGACAAUCAGACAGAAUAUUCUGUUUUACUGUCGGCACUAUUGGGAGAUAUGGAGAAGAAUAGGUAUGGUUAUGUCAAUAUUGAUGGAAAGGUAGCCUAUGUCUCACAACAGGCAUGGAUUCAGAAUACGACAAUCAGACAGAAUAUUCUGUUUACUAAUGAAUAUAAUGAGAGAUUCUAUGAGAAAGUGUUGGAUUCGUGUGCUUUGAGACCCGAUUUGGAGAUCCUUUCGGCGAAAGAUAUGACAGAAAUCGGCGAAAAGGGAAUCAAUUUACCCGAUUUGGAGAUCCUUUCGGCGAAAGAUAUGACAGAAAUCGGCGAAAAGGGAAUCAAUUUGUCGGGCGGACAGAGACAGAGGGUUUCACUCGCGAGGGCUGUCUAUUCAGACGCAGACAUCUACUUAUUGGACGACCCCUUAAGUGCUGUUGACGCCCACGUCGGCAGACAUUUAUUUGAUGAGACAAUCGGUCCAAAAGGUAUUCUUCGGAAGAAAACCCGUAUUUUAGUGACACAUAAGGCAUCGGUUUUGCCAGAAGUCGACAAAAUAAUUGUCUUAAAGGAGGGACUGAUCUCUGAAUUCGGAUCAUUCGAUGAACUGAUCGCUAAAAGUAGAGAAUUCGCUGAAUUUAUAGCUGAAUAUGUGUUGAGACAGGAGUCAGAAGAGGUGGACAUCGAAGACGAGAAAGAGUUAGAAAUGUUAGCAAAACUGAGACAAAGAGUGAAACCAAUUAUCGAAAGACAAGAAUCGCGUAACUCAUUGGCCAGCGAUGGUCUAGUCCGACGACAAGGAAGUCAUAUCUCGACGACUACUGAUAGCGAAGACCAGAAAAUACCAGAAGCUGGGGAUCAAAUUCAAGACAUACAACAAAAUGAUGGGAAACUAAUAGAUGAGGAGAAACCAGAGACCGGUUCCAUGAAAACCCAUGUCUAUAAGAAAUACUUUCAUUUGGUUGGAGUCCGACUGGGGCUGUUCGCUGGGUUUUGUUUAGUGGAAACGGUGUUCAUAUUGUCUGCCCAACUGUCCAUUAGUCUGGGAUGUGUCGGUGCGGCUAAACGGUUGCAUCGGAUUCUGAUUGAGCGUAUGAUGAGAGCACCCGUCGCUUACUUCGACACAACACCUAUUGGUCGUAAUCUGAGCCGAUUCUCGGAGGACAUGGAGCUCAUAGAUAGUGAACUACUGUUUGAUUUCCGUAUAAUGUGUCUGAAAUUUUUUUCACUAAUCGUAUCGAUGGUAAUGAUAUCUCUGGAAACACCGCUUAUUAUAUUAGCUAUACUUCCCAUAAUCAUAACGUAUGUCAGGUGUCAACGCAUUUAUUCCGCGGGUUUACGGCAAAUACGACGACUAAUAUCGACAUCCAGUUCCCAUAUUAUCAGUCACUUUGGAGAGACAUUUAACGGCACGUCUACCAUUAGAGCCUAUGGAGCAAAACGGCAUUUCCUUCGUGAAUCGCACAGUCGUAUCGAUGGGAGUAAUGCCUGCGCCUAUCAAUUGGUGUGUUCCCGGGGAUGGCUCGCUAUAAGAUUAGAGCUCUUGGGCUACAGUAUAGUGUUUUUGUCGGCUCUGUUUUCAGUUGUCUUUCGAGAGACAGUGAGUGCAGGUGUGGCCGCACUGGCCAUCAGUUAUGCCCUCAACAUAACCACUCUUAUCGAGCGAUUCAUUUACGGUGUCACAGAAACAGAGACCGAUAUCCUGGCCGUCGAGAGGUGUCUGAAGUUCAUAGAAAUGCCUUCCGAGGCCGAGUGGUUCAACGAUCGGACAAAACCGCCGUCCGAUUGGCCACUAAUGGGAGGAAUAGUGUUCUCCAACUAUAGCACUAAAUAUAGACAGGAAUUGGAUUUAGUGCUCAAAAACAUCACAUUAGAUGUCAAACCGAGGGAAAGGCUGGCAAUAGUGGGCCGAACCGGUGCUGGAAAGUCAUCCCUGGCUUUGGGUCUCUUCCGACUCAUUGAAGCCACUGAUGGGACGGUUAGUAUCGAUGGCAUCGACUGUUCGACAAUAGGUUUGCAUGACUUGAGGUCUCGGCUAACAGUCAUACCUCAAGAACCGGUACUCUUCGCGGGCUCUUUGCGUCACAAUUUGGAUCCAUUGGAUCAGUGGUCAGACAAAGAGAUAUGGAGUGCCUUAGAGUCGGCACAUCUGAAGACAUUUGUGGAGAGUCUGAAGAGUGGACUCAAUCACGAGAUCUCUAUCUCAGGCGAGAACGUGAGUGUCGGACAGAAACAGUUGGUCUGUUUGGCGAGAGCUCUGCUCAGACGCACCCGAGUCCUGGUCUUAGAUGAGGCCACCGCUGCGGUCGAUAUGGAAACGGAUGACUUGAUUCAGAAGACAAUCCGCGAAGAGUUUGAUUCUUGGUAUGUCUCGGUCGAUAUGGAAACGGAUGACUUGAUUCAGAAGACAAUCCGCGAAGAGUUUGAUUCCUCGACAGUCGUGACAAUCGCUCAUCGAUUGAAUUCAAUCAGAGAUUACGACAAAGUGUUGGUUUUGGACAACGGAUCCAUCGCUGAGUUCGGGUCUCCGGAACAGCUCUUGACUGACAACAACUCCAUCUUCUACUCGAUGGCCAAACACGAGGGCAUUGUCUGAAUGUCUC